AUGUCCGCUCCUCGUCACAACCGCAUUAAAACCGCUGUGGUCGUCGGCUGUGUAGUGCACCGUGCGUAUCGUUCCAUCAGGCUCCGCAACUGUGUAACUACCUUUAACUACGUCGCCGUCGCGUACUUCCUGCUGAGAUUUGUGGUCGCCUGUGUGACCGUCGGCUACGCCGUAGUUGAAUUGGUAUUUGGGAUAUGCCUAGAAGUAGAAAAUGAUGUACAGGGUUACGGUCCGUUAUUUUUACCAGCGGAUGGUGUUGCGAGGACUUACAACAUAGUCGACAGCAUGGGCAGCCUUAACAGCAACAGGAGCGACGGGGGCCACUGGGGCGGCAUGAAUUGCUGGGAAUGCUGGUAA